CUCGGCUGUCCUUGUAGGGGUUGUUGCUUUCUUGUCCGGCAUCACUGAUCCCAUUUCCCGUGAUAUCCACUUAGAAUUCUAUGCUGGCGUCUCUAAUCAACUGGUGGGCGCCCUCUUCCUUUCCUUCGUUCUCUUUUUGCUUGCGCAGCAGUUGAGUUACAGACCUCCCUCUACUUCAGGUGCUGUUAGAGCCGCCGCCGAUCACUCGUUUCUCGACCCGCCAUUCAUUCGUUAAACUUGCAUCUGUGCUCGUCAACUCCAAUACUCCUUUUCGACUUACUCACGACGAUCAUUUUCAACCCCAGACUCACCUUCAGCUCCAACUGUAACUGCAAUAUACAGUCACUCGUUCUUUCCUACAUUCUGUUCCUUUUUGUAAGCACUUGGCCACAUCAACCGCUGCCAAAUUUGUGCAAGUCUCGAGCACCCAAUAGCAAUUCUACGGUCAUCUCAUCUCCCCCCUGGCAACCAAUCCCAUCUCGCAUUUGGUAUAUCACGCACCGCAUUACACUCGUUCUCGACCAUCGAAGCUGCAAAGGACCCCCCGCGAAGGAUUCUCAUUUAUCAAUUGACUUCCCACGCAUCGGAAGUGUCAUCCGACUUGGAACCUUGCAAUUGCGCCAUGCAACGAUAUCAAUAACGACCCUUCACCAAGAAAUUGUUAAAUAUUGGCUUUCAGCACCAGUCGAUUUACUCACUACCGCUACAACUAUCGCUUCAGCGUGUGCUUCACUAUCCAAUACUGACCUACCAUCGCCUUCUAUCGUGUCAAAUUGGGCCCAUCGUGGUGAAACGCAUUCAAUCUUGUGUGGUUGUUCUGUGUUGCCAAUCCACUUAAAAGGUUGUACACAUCGCCAUCAAUUCGAUUGCUGCACAUAUUUGGGAUACGAUUUAUUACAUCUUUGGCGUCCUUCGCCUCGUCGCUCGUUACCAUGGUUUCAACAUCGUGGCCUCCCUCAACAACAACAACUUGCAGUAGGCCGAAGUCCACCAGCUGCUACCGCGCGCCCCGCUUGCGAAAAGCCUUAUCAAUUCUCCUACUCUUAGCAUGUCUUACUUCUACGGUCCUAGCGGGUACUGAGACAUCAUCUUCGCUACGACAUCGACGACACCAUACACCUACUAUCAACAGAUACGAGCUACACCGACGCAAGGAUGAAGAUGAGGUCAAGGAGAUCGUCAAUAAGGAAACCGCUUCCAAAACUGAGGGCAAAUCCAAGGCAACAACUGUCACCAUCCAACGUGCUGCAAAGACUGCUGCUGCGACAAACACACCUUUACCCGAAGCUUUUGACGGAAAUUUGUCAGCCGAACUUUCGACCACUUCAGAUAGCAACUGCCCCGCGUUUCUGAAUGGCAUCCUUUCCGACCCUUCUUACGAGACUUGCUACCCCCUCUCUAUGAUGAUCCAGACGUCCCGUGGCUUCUUCGAAGCCCAGAAACAGCUCUUGAGCAUAGUCCGAGUACUCGAUGCAACCUGUGCUGCAAACGUCACGUACUGCACUGACUUUUUCGAUGCUGCAGCGCGCAACCUCACUGCAUCAGAAAACUGCAAACAAGAAUGGGAAUCGGGCAACACUAUCGUCAAGCAGUUCCUUUAUGGUAUGAAGGCCUACGAGAUGAUGUACAAGGCUACCUGUCUUCAAACACCUGAGGAUGAUAUGUAUUGUUACGCCAAUGCCGUCACAAAUACCACGACCGCCGCCAACGCCUACUUCUACUACCUACCGUAUAACCUUACGUUGCCUGGUAGCACCAAUCCUUCAUGCAACUGGUGCAUACAAGAAACUAUGAACAUCUUCCACGCAGCCGCUGAAGACCGUUCUCAGCCUGUGGCACUCACCUAUGAAAGCGCAGCUCGACAAGUGAACACUCUCUGUGGCCCAGAUUUUGUCAAUAGCACUUUGCCUCCAGAAGAGACCAACCUGGCUCAUGUGUUUGCCCCGUCAUGGGUUGGCUUAGUACUUUCCCUCGGCAGUGCAGCACUAGUCAAUGCUGUGUUAUAGAAUAUCGACCCUGAAAAGGACCACCUCAGCUAUACUUCUUUCGCUUCUCAAUUUUCGACUAUUGCUCUUUUAAUAUGUUAUGAUUACAGAUCCAUAUACGGGGUUUGUGUUUUCUCUUCAGAUACGAUGCACUUGGCAUAUCUUCAUGACUUGAUACCCUUACCAACUUCUUUUUCUUCUUGUUUGUUGAACCGAUUCAACCUUUCAACCCUGCGAGGGUGGAAGCAGACCGACAUGCAAAACAAUGCUAUAAUAUUAUACUACGAAGUUACAUACUUUCUGCCAAAGCUGACAUGGCACUUUUUUACUUGGUUUCGGGGCGGGUUGAUUUGGAAAAGCGAGCACAGCCUGGAGUUUCUUCACAGCGGCAUUCGGUUGGGCAUGGGUUUUAUGCUUUGUAUUUUUUUUUAAAUAGGUUUCAAUGGAUGAGGGAGCUUGGGACAUGAUAGAUCGGUGGACUUCCAAAAGCGCGAUGGACUACAAAUGGGAAAUGAUGGGAUAUAGUAUCUAUGUAUUACUUGGAGGAGCUAUAGGGACUGAGCACUUUACUGCUGAUAGCUGGUAUUGAAAAUAUUUUGUUUAAUAUGAGGAGCCUAGUAAAUAACUGAGAGGAAUAUAGGCAGAUGGAAUAGAGACCUAAGAUGUUUGCUCAUGCC